AUGGCAGCUGAGGGUGCAUCGGCAAAUCUAAAAGCACUAGGGCACCAACUGGUGGAAAACAAAGUUUCAGUUCAUCUGGUCUACGACAAUCUCAAUCAGUACCAUCGUUUAUGGCGCCCAUCACUCGACAGUUGCACAUCACUAGAAAGUGGGACCGCUGCGACACUCAUUAUCCAGCAUGAUGUGGCAGAGGGGGCCUUUGACGGGAUUGAAUAUGAACGACGGCGAGCCUCAGUCCGAAGGGAACAAAUCACUUACGAGAAGAUCUGGGGUGACAUCCAAUUUGACCAUCUAGCCGCAAUUGGAGCCACCAAUAUCCUUCAGAUCCUUCUUGAAUAUCUUCCUGGCCUCGAACGACAUCGCGGCGCUGUUCAACAUUUGUAUAGCCAUCGUUUUGCGAAGCAUCCUGUCAAGAUUCAGAAGACCGAGUAUUACCCAAUGGAGACCAGUUCUUAUGAUGAAGUGCAAAAUAUUGGGAAUCGUGAAGUUCUAAAAGACCUCUUGGUGCGCCAACUUGGAGUCAAGCCAGAGGAGUUGGAUGGCCAGAUGAUUUCCAUAUCCGGCGAUUGCUCAAUGGCUGCAAAGCUCCGUUCCCUCAAGCGACAUACAUCUUGUGGACUUUCCUGGUUUACUUCUCAGAGAUUUGCACUUGUAUUGACGGAAUUAUGGCACAUGAGGUGGGCUUUCAUCAAAGGCAUCUUCCGGCUUCACUGGGCUCCAAGCACCAUGAAGGGUGACUCCGGUUUGCACAUCGCUGCGGAAAAACUCAGAUGCAAACUCAACUCCAGUGACCCGGAGUUUUAUCCAGCUGAAAGGCUUGUAGAAACUGUCCUUGCAACAAUGACUCUUCAUUAUGCAAGAGCCGUCCUUCGUCAGAAAGAAUCAUCCCUCUUCAUUUCCAACCUCAAUCGCCCACCACACCUAAUAGAAGAGCUUAAUCUCCAUUUGUCCCCUGGCCGCUUUCUCUGGACUUGUACCUUUGAUGAGCUACAUGAUGAGCUGAAUGCUGUGGUGAGCUUGAGCCCUGACGACUCAGAUGACAGCAGCGAUGCUGAUCAUAAUGGUGAGGAUGGAGUAUCAUCUUUACCAGCUGGUCAGAGUCAACAUCGCAGCAAGGACCACGAGAAUCUGGAUUGCUUUGAUGAUAGUGCCCCCCUAGAUUCCCCGAACACAAACACGGGUGGUGAUGUCCUCCUGUUCAACAACAUACUUCUCUACUGGGACAUGCUACUAUACUGGGAAUUUAGAUCAAGUAUAAAAGAUAGUGACAUUGGUCGAACUUUUGAGGUCAUUAAGUGGCUUUGUGUCUGGUUCUUUGGGGCUGGUGCGACAAAUUAUGGUCAAGAGUUACUGCACCAAGCCCUCGAUUUAUGGUUUCAUUUCACCGAAAAGAUGAAGGAUGCGGUUUUCAACAACUAUGUCAUUAGUCCAUCGGGCAGAGGUGAGGGUUACGAACGAGAUUUACUUCAAGAACACAACAACUUCUGGCUCAAGUGGGUCUUCAAUGGUCGCCUGGCAAAAUUCGAUUCUAGUUUUCUACGUGAGGCUGUUGCGCUGAACAUUGUGCCACUGAAAGAACUUGGGCAGACAAUCUUGCAAAAAUUUGGCCUCAGCAACAUAUAUUCUGGGCGCUCGAAGGCCAAUAUCCAGACAGACAUCAACUACCUUGGCCACUCCUAUCUUACACAGCAACACCAUAUUUACCAACCUGGCCGAGUCCAGUUGUUUUUGGCAAUGGACGGUAUUGAGCAAGGAACUGCAAAGCUCGAAGAGGGAGCAUUGCAAAAGUUUCUAGAUAAGCACUUUUAUCAAAAAUGA